AUGGAAAGAAACCGAUCAAAACACACAGCAAAGGCCACAUUCCAUCAUCUUCUACCAGUCUUCUUCUUCUAUGUUUUCUUCUCUCUUGAUUGCUUAUUUGCACAAGAGUUAGUUGGCUAUGGAUAUAAAGUCCAGUCUGUAAAUAGUUCUGAUUCCUCCGGAAAGACAUUGACGGUUAACCUUGGCCUCAUCAACAGCUCCUCAGUUUAUGGACCUGACAUCUCAAAUCUCACCCUCUAUGUCAGCUAUGAGACAAAAGACCGCUUGAGAGUUCGAAUAACAGACUCAACCCAACAAAGAUGGGAGAUCCCACAAGAAAUCAUCCCCCGCCAAAACCAAACUUCACAAAACUUUUCCGUCACCGACAACGACCUCGUUUUUACCCUCCGCAAUACCACCCCAUUCGGAUUCACCAUCACCCGCCGCUCCACCAACGACACCGUUUUCGACACCACCCCGAACCCCUCCGACCCCAACACCACCUUCAUCUUCAAAGACCAAUACAUCCAGCUCUCUUCCUCCCUCCCCAACAACAGGUCAUCCCUGUACGGCCUAGGAGAACACACCAAGAGCACCUUCAAGAUCCUAGCCAAUCAGAUGCUAACACUCUGGGCCGCCGACAUCGCCAGCGUCAAUCCCGACCUCAAUCUGUAUGGCUCCCACCCCUUCUACAUGGACGUCAGGUCGCCGUCCGGUGAUGGCAGGGUCAAGGCGGGAACCACUCACGGCGUGCUGCUUCUGAAUAGCAAUGGCAUGGAUGUAAAUUACACCGGGGACAGGGUCACUUAUAAUGUGAUUGGCGGAGUUGUGGACUUGUAUUUCUUUGCGGGUCCGACACCCGAAUCGGUGAUGGACCAGUAUACGGAGCUCAUUGGUCGACCCGCCCCGAUGCCAUAUUGGUCUUUCGGAUUCCACCAGUGUAAAUAUGGUUACAAGAAUGUUUCUGACCUUGAGGGGGUGGUUGCUGGUUAUGCAAACGCUAGUAUCCCUCUUGAUGUUAUGUGGACAGACAUCGACUACAUGGAUGCCUACAAAGAUUUCACUCUUGAUCCCGUCAACUUUCCACUAGACAAGAUGCAGAACUUUACCAACACCCUUCACCAAAAUGGUCAGAAAUACGUGGUCAUUUUGGAUCCCGGUAUUAGUAUUAAUGACAGCUAUGGAUCCUACACCAGAGGGAAGGAAGCAGAUAUAUACAUAAAACGUGAUGGCAUUCCUUACCAGGGAAAUGUAUGGCCUGGUGAUGUUUACUUUCCUGAUUUUGUUCAUCCACAAAGUGAACCGUAUUGGGAGAAUGAGAUCAAACUAUUUAUAGACCAGCUACCUGUUGAUGGCCUUUGGAUUGAUAUGAAUGAAGUCUCAAAUUUCCAAACUUCUGCUCCGACUCCUAAUUCUACACUUGAUGACCCACCGUACAAGAUCAACGAUUCUGGCGGCCACCGUCCGAUCCUCAGUAAGACUAUUCCAGGAUCAGCUCUUCACUAUGGUAAUGUUACAGAGUACAAUGUUCAUAACCUAUAUGGGAUGUUACAAGCCAAAGCAACAAACAAGGCCUUGACCAAUGUCACUGGUAAGAGACCGUUUGUUCUCUCGAGAUCAACUUUUGUAAGCUCUGGUAAGUACGCAGCACAUUGGACUGGAGACAAUGGUGCAAGAUGGAAUGACUUGGCAUACUCAAUUCCGGGGAUUUUGAAUUUUGGCCUCUUUGGAGUUCCAAUGGUUGGAGCUGAUAUAUGUGGUUUUAUUGGAGAUACUAAUGAAGAACUCUGCCGGCGUUGGAUUCAGGUAGGGGCCUUUUACCCCUUUUCAAGAGAUCACUCGGACAAGAAUUCAAUCCGGCAAGAGCUCUAUGUUUGGGAAUCGGUGGCUGCAUCAGCAAAGAAGGUGCUGGGGCUGCGUUACCGGCUGCUCCCCUUGUACUACACAUCGAUGUAUCAAGCACACAAGAACGGGACCCCAAUUGCAAGGCCCCUAUUCUUCUCAUUUCCAGAAGACACCAAUACAUACGACAUCAGUUCGCAGUUUCUGAUUGGUAAAGGCGUAAUGGUGUCACCUGUGUUACAGCAAGGAGCAACUUCAGUUGAGGCAUAUUUUCCUGCAGGAAAUUGGUAUGAUCUUUUCAACUACACAUCAUUAAGUGUAGACACUGGAAAGAAUGUUACGUUGGAUGCACCUCCUGAUCAUAUCAACGUUCAUGUCCACGAAGGUAACAUUCUGGCCUUGCAAGGAGAGGCCUUGACAACACAAGCAGCCCGAAACACUUCAUUCGAACUUUUGGUGGUCAUUGGUAGUAGCAAUGAGAGUGCUGGAGAAGUGUUCUUGGACGAUGGAGAGGAGCUUGAAAUGGGAGGAGAGGGAGGGAAGUGGAGCUUCGUGAGGUUUCAUUCUGCUCGAGCACAAAAUGGAAGUCUAAUUUUGAGCUCAAAUGUCGAAAAUGGAGAUUUUGCACUAAGCCAAGGCUGGAUCAUUGAUAAAAUUACCGUCCUCGGGUUGGACAAAGAUCAUGCCAAGGUAGAGUCUAGUGUAUCCCUUCCUAUAGGAAAGGAGUUUGAGUUGGAGCUGAAGCCGAAUCAGACAGUGACGAAAACACUCUUUAGUAGAGAUCAGUUGCAUACACAACUGUUUAAUUAAGUUUUAAGGUUCCAAAAUAUAUCUAUGAUCAGUUGUAUUCUUGUAGUAUAUUUGAUUUUCUCUGAAUAAUAAAAAAAAUGGGUGUUUGAAUGUUA